AUGGGAAACAUCUUUGGCAACCUGUUGAAGAGCCUGAUAGGCAAGAAGGAGAUGAGGAUUCUCAUGGUGGGGCUGGACGCUGCUGGAAAAACCACCAUCCUCUACAAGCUGAAGCUGGGAGAGAUCGUUACCACCAUCCCCACGAUCGGUUUCAAUGUUGAGACAGUGGAGUACAAGAACAUCAGCUUUACCGUGUGGGACGUGGGCGGCCAGGACAAGAUCCGUCCCCUGUGGAGGCACUACUUCCAGAACACCCAGGGUUUGAUCUUUGUGGUGGAUAGCAAUGAUCGCGAGCGGGUGAACGAAGCUCGGGAGGAGCUGAUGAGGAUGCUGGCUGAAGACGAGCUGCGGGAUGCUGUUCUUCUCGUCUUUGCCAACAAACAGGACCUGCCCAAUGCCAUGAACGCUGCCGAGAUCACAGACAAGCUGGGCCUGCACUCCCUACGCCACCGCAACUGGUACAUUCAGGCCACCUGUGCCACCAGUGGAGACGGGCUCUACGAGGGUCUGGACUGGCUGGCCAAUCAGCUGAAGAACAAAAAGUGAAUGGUCCAGUCAGUAGAGUGGGGAAGAGCCUGGGUGCCAGCUCCAGGUAAUGGUUAUAGUGGAUCCAUUGUGUUUACAUGGAGAGGCAGUGCUGAAAAGCUCCCAGGGGGUGACUCUCAAUGGCUUUCUCCCCCCCCCCAAAUAUUUUCAUUUCAUCUCUUUAUUUCGAUUAAUUUUAUUUUGUUUGGAUCUGCGGUGAGCGUUUUUAGAUAUUUACAACCAAUGGUGUCGAAGUUGACAUAAAUUACUUACAUUCUUACAAGCUGAAUACAUAAAUAUUGGGAUGUAAUCGUAUAAUGUUACAGUGAAGGCAUAUGUAUUUCCCCCUACUUUGCAGUCUCUAUGACCAUGAACUCCAUCAACUUUUAAUUUGUCCAUAUAAAGUGAUGAUUUUAGACUGAUGGUGGCUGAACAACCCUCCCUCAGAUAUUUUAAACUUAAUGUAAAUUAUAAAGAAUGUCAUAGUAUAGUGGGAGUACUACUACUAUCUCAGAAAUCUAUCAUAUUGUUUAAAAACAGUAUACAAGCUCAGAUAAAUGUAAAGUUGUCAUUUUCUGUCCAUACAAAUGUUUUACCACAACAAAAUUAUGCGCUUCAGAGCUCAAUUUGUAUAUUUUUUUUAAAACUUAAGUUAUUUUAGAUUUUAUUUAAAUGUAUUUAUUUAGAUUUUAUUUAUUUUAUGAAACACAAAACCUGGUGACAUACUGGAUACUCUUAAAACAAUUCAUAUAUUUUUGUCAACAUUUAUUUAUUUAUUUGAAAGUUUGUUUAUUGGUUUUAUUUUUAAGUACAUCACAUGGUUUCUCUCCCUUUAUUGCAACGUGCAUUUACUGCUAAGGCAGCUGUUGAAAACAGAAGCCCCGGUAUCACUGUAUAUUACCGCUUCCCAAUCUGCAUGGAGAUAUCCCAGUACUGGCUCGUGGGCUUAUAAGAGCUGUGAACUACUGCAGGCCGCUGCUGUAAAUAAAGAUUUGUUCGUCGGUCGACUUGCCUGGCUCAAUAAGGGUUAAAACAAUUUGUCUGGCGUCAGCGAGGUGUGAUAGCUGAACUGAUACAGAUGACAGAACAGACACACUGUACCAGCUUUGUGGCUUAGAAAAAAAAAUGCUGCUAUUGGCCCUGUGGAGAGGGAUGCAGCAGAGCAUGUGAUUGGCAAUAUCGAAGAGCUUACAUGGUUUUUGAAUGUUUAUUUUUUAAGUCAGUUUGUGCGAGCAGCUGCACUAUAUCCGUCAAAAGAACACACAUUUGCUUGUCAUCCUAAUUUAUUCAUCCCUAAUUGGCUUGACAUUACAUGUGUUAACCGUGUCUACGUGUACCAUGUUGCACAAAAUAACUCUAGAUGCAUUAUUGUUGUACAAAAUGUAAUGUCUGUUUUUUGUUGUAUUUUUGAAUGGAGUUUGGACCAAAAGGCAAGUGUUGAUUUUACUGUUUUUUUUUUUUUUUUUUUUUUUUUCUUAAUUUGCUAACUAGAUCAAACAGUUGUCUUUUUGAGUGUUCACACAAAUCACAUAAUUUGAAAAAAAAAAUAGGAGAGAGGAUGAUAGUAAUACUGCAUCAUAAGGCAUGUUAAUACUGUACAAGAUCUGUAAUAAAAGUGAAUUAUAAUAGCCUGUUUCCUCAGACUAUAUUUGUUAGUCUAAAUUACUGCUGCUGGUUGGAACAAUGCUGUACUGAUAAAUGUUAUGGAUUUAGUGUAAAGUUUACCGAACAACCUUCUAAUAUGCAAAAGCAUGCUUUUCUAUGUCAGCGCAACUGUAUAUAUGUUUAUGUAACAAGAAAAGUAUACCAUGGUACUCUCGGUCAAAUUGAAAGUGUUGUUGAUACACCUGUAGAUAUUGGGGUCAGUGUGUUGGCAGAUAUGUAUAACUGACAGCAGCUUGUGUGUGUGAUGUGCCCUCUAUUACAUUAAGUUUGAUGUGAAAAUUGUUUUUGUGGCCUUAUAUUGCCAGUGGUUAAGUUCUCUUUGAUAAAAGGUUUGUAUGUAGGAACGUCCAACAUUCAAGUGUCCCACCUAUGAUCUGUAACACUGAUGCACUCACGGUACUGUUGUGGCUAACCAUCCUUCUUUCAAUCACUAUUGGCAGACUUUUGACUUGAAAAAUAUAGAAAAUCAAGACUGCAGUACAUUCCAACAAUGAUAAUGUUUAUUCAAAAAGAAACAAGCUGAAAAUGGAUUUGUUUAAUUUAGAGGAAUAUUAUCAAGAGGAGGAAAUUAAAACAACACAAACUGGUGCAAAAGUGUUGAAUGAUUUAAUGAUUCCUGGCACUACAUCGAUCAAUCAAUAAAAAGACCAAAACAUAAA